UUGACCUCAUCUCGGCGUGCAUGUCCCUCCGAUCAUCAGCGCAGUCGCGCAGGAGACACGCGACACCGGAGCAGCCAGCAACCUGCCGCGCGCCUCGUCCGCGAGAGUGUCUCCCGCCGCCGCCGCGGGAACGGGAACGGGAGCAGGAGCUCGCGCGGACACGACACACUUUCUACUGGACAGCACCUCCGAUAACUGAGGAACUCGUGACACGAUCAACUAGUAUUAACACAAGAUUUUGUGAUUUUAUAGACUUUUUUUUUUUUUUUUCCUUCGGGAAAUUAAUCUGCACACUCAGUUAAGAGAGAAUUUCUCAGAAUUUUUCAGCCAGAUCUUCAGCAGGUUUCACAGAUCUGAGAGAGAGAGAGAGAGUCGCGCGGAAUGGGCACCUUGCUGAUGGCGGUGCUGCUCGGAGCGGUGGGAGCACUAGCGGCCAAGGAGCCCUGCGAGUCGGGGCAAUACACAGCGAAGGGAGAUUGCUGCAUCAAGUGCCCUCCAGGGGAGGGUGUGUUAAAGGAGUGCGGAGCGGAGCAGACCGUCUGCACACAAUGCCAGGACAGUGAGGAGUACUCAGACAUCUACAGCCUGACGCAGCCCUGCCUGCCCUGCACGCAGUGCAAGGGUCUGAUGCGCAUGCUGACGCCCUGCACUGACUCCAACAAUGCCGUGUGUGUCUGCGAGUACGGCUACUACCUGAAUGAGGUGGAGAACCGUUGCGAGCCUUGCACGGUGUGCCCGCGUGGCAAGGGGGUGCUCUACCGCUGCGAACAUGACAAAGACACCAUUUGCGAGGAGUGCACGGACGACACCUAUUCGGACCAGGAGAGUUCCAUGGAUCCCUGCUUGCCCUGCACCAUUUGUGAAGACAACCUAGACAGUGAGGUGGAACCUUGCACUCCCAUGAGUGACGCUGUCUGCCACGAUCCGUCGUACGUGCUACCAUCCUUGCAGCCCUCCACGAACACUGAGUCCGACUUCUUCCCUGCUAUCGAGCCUCCAGAUGAUGACGACAGCCCGUCUCCCACGGAGAUGGAUACCACCGCCAGCCCCAGCCCACCACGCUUCAUUGGUCACGGACUGAACGAGAACCUCAUCCCCAUUUACUGCUCCAUUCUGGCCGCAGUGGUCGUGGGCCUUAUAGCCUUUAUCAUUUUUAAGAGGUGGAACAGCUGCAAGCAGAACAAGCAGGGCGCCAACAACCGCGCUGUGAAUCAGACGGCGUCGGCAGAGGGAGAGAAGCUGCACAGUGACAGCGGCAUCUCUGUGGACAGCCAGAGUCUGCAGGAACAGCAGCAGCAACAGCAGCAGCAGCAGCAGCAGCAUACAGUGGUGAGGGUGGAUGGGAGCCCCAGCUUGGUUCUUCCACCCAACAAGAACGAGGAACUAGAGCGGCUGCUGGGUGAAGGGAACGGUCCAGAGUCCGAGGCAGACUGGCGCAGCCUAGCAGGCUUGCUGGGCUACCAGGAGGAGCACAUCGCCGCCUUCCGCCGGGAGGAGCGACCUGUGCGGGCUCUGCUGUCCAACUGGGCUGAGAAGGACUGCGCCAGCCUAGAGGCCCUGUGCGCCGCCCUGCGUAAGAUGGACCGGGACGACAUCGUUCAGUGCUUGAACCCGUGUCCCACUGCAGAUCCCACCGCCACUUCAGCUGUGUGAUGGUCCUCUCACAGCACCCCUCCUAGCCUCCGCUGCCAACCCUGGAUGGGUUUCCCGGACAGGCAGUCGGCUGGUUAAUAAGCAAGUGUGCUUGGCCGGGGUGCUGUCCUUCAAAGACUGGCCAGUGGUUUCGCGGGAAGGAGUGGUAGCACAGAUGUCUGUCAGGCUACCACCCUAAGUGAUUACCCACUUUAUGCUGUCUGCAGUCCUCCUAUACCUUGACUCUCUGGCUGCUGCUCCCUUGCAGAAUCGUGUCUGCCCCGCUGUGCCAUCUGUUGGCCACAUCCAAGACCCUUUCCCCUGCUUUGCCAACUGAGGCAAACUAUAAUAAUGGCCUCAACAGACUCACACUGUAAUUCCACAAGUUGGCCCCCAUCAAAGCCAUACAGUAGCAAUGACCCCACUGCCCUGCAUCAGCAUCAAUCUGCCUCCAUCGCCACAACACAUCCCCCCUUCCUUUGUUGCCUUUCCUCUAUUCUUAGCCCAUCUCUGUAAGGUGUGCUUGGCAGUGGCCUGCUCUUCUACCCCUUUCCUCUAACCACAAAUGGGGACCAAAAGACCACCCAGAACCACAGGCAUCUGGGGGGAAAUCCCAUGAUGCUUCAAUCACCAUCUACAAUUUUCAUAUUGUCUUCCUCCACUGACAUAACCAAAAAAACCCACCCUCAUUAGUCUGAUUGUAUAUUCUGUAAAUGUAUAUGCUUUUUAUCAAAUAUUAUAUUAUGGCUUGUUUGACUGAUCAACCAACCCAUCAGCUGUUGAAGGGGCACAAUGCCAGGGCUGACACUUUAGCCUAGUGCCUACAGUUGCAGAAUUUUAAGCACAGCAUCAGCUGCCCUUGUCCUACGGACCAACAAUGUCUGUCAGCUCCCUCCACAAAGUGGGCGGGAUCUUGAGCGUUCUUUUCAAGGCUUUCUGUCUUGAAGGCAGUCAAUUCCAGUGUUUCCCGUUCGUAAGACUGCAGUGCUGUACAGAAGUUUGUAUUUAAGAGGUUUACUCUGAGUCUCUGGAGUUCUAAAGGUUGGAAAUGCAAAACAUGGAAACAAACAUCACAAUAAUGAACAGUGUGCCAUGGCUGGCUGGAUACAGAGAAUAGCACUCACUAACAUCCUGAGAGCAGUAGCUCUGCCCUCAGACGUUUAUCUGCAUAAGAUCCUGCAGUUAACGGAAUGGUGGCCUGAAAUGUUCAAGGUAUCUCGGACAGAGAAACCAGGUUGUUCCAUUCUAGUAUUGGUACAGAUUCUAACACAGAUAACCACCUGACAGGCCCAACGCGCCGCUACACUUAAU